AGAGACUGGCGGCAACUUGUUUAUAAAAAGCCCUUCAAAACCUUCGGUUUCUGCCUCUUACGACGCUCAAUUUUUGUCUGCUUCUUCUCUCUCAAAACCCUCUCAAAACCCUAGCGCCUCCUUUCUCUAUACCAGCGUCUUCAAUGGAGUUCUGGGGUGUUGAAAUCAAGGCCGGAGAGCCCCUUAAAAUUGAACCUGAUGAUGACAUGGUUAUUCACCUUUCUCAGGCGGUUUUGGGUGAGACCAAGAGCAAAGGAGGUGAAACUGUCUAUCUUUAUGUUAAAAUUGCGGACCAGAAGUUUGUUUUGGCUAAUCUUUCUUUGGACAAAUUCCCACAAGUGACUUUCGAUUUGGUUUUCGAUCAAGAGGUUGAAGUGUCACACAACUGGAAGAACGGAAGUAUUCACUUGUGUGGAUACCAGGCCCCUACUGCAUUUGAUGGAGAUGAUAUGGGUGAACAAUAUUUAAGUGAUUCAUCCGAUGAGGAAGCAGAAGUCCCUGUAACUGCUGUCGAAAAUGGCAAAGGUGCCGAAAAGGUGGCAGCCAAGCCCGUUGUUGGUAAAAGUAAUGAUGAUGCCAAACCUGAAGCUUAUGGAAAGGCCAAAGUUAAACUUGUGGAGCCAAGCAAAGAUGAUGAGGAUGAUGACAGUGAUGAUUCUGAUGAUGAUGAAUCUGAUGAGAUGGACUCAGAAGAUGAAUCUGAUGAGGACAUGAUUGAGGGAGAUGACAGCUCCAGCGACGAGGAAGAUGAUGACGAGACCCCUAAGAAGCCGGAAGUGAUCAAGAAAAGGCCUACCGAGUCUGCAACCAAGACUCCUGUGUCUUCUAAGAAAGCCAAAGUUGCUUCUCCCAAAUCUGAUAAGAAGGCUGCCCAUGUUGGAACCCCACACCCAUCAAAGAAGGCUGCUGCCAAGAGUCCCGCCACAACCGAUAAAUCAAAACAGACCCCGAAAUCUGCCGGCCAAGUCUCUUGCAAAACUUGCUCCAAGACUUUUAAUUCUGAUAAAGCGCUCGAGUCUCACACGAAGGCGAAACAUGUUUGAGUUCAGAAUGGGAUGAAAGUAGGGAGGAUGCUUUUGGAUUUUAAUUUUUGAUAUGAAUCUAUAGAAAGUGAUGUGUUAAGUUUUGGGAUAGUAUGAGAGAGGGAUGGUUUUUGGUGGUGGCGUUGUUGGACAAGUAUUAUGAAUCUAUGUUAAAGUUUUUUAGGUCUUUUCCUCAA